UGCAAAUCCUAGUUCGUGUUAGAUUUGUAGCAACUAUGCAAUGUAGCAAUAGUAAUAAGUGUUUGUCUGCGUCCUACGGCAGGGCGGCUUCCUCUGGACUCCUGGUUUGGUAGCAGUCGGCUGCUGAACAGCGCCGCCGUUCGGCGGAGUCGCUCUUCCGUUUCACUCCGAACUCUCACUACCAUGGGGAAGAAAUACGUCCGGUUCCCUGUUCUUGCGUUAUUUCUAUGGUCCUAGUGAAAACCGUUUCAAAAGAAAAACCGCCGUUUACCGUUUCCGACAAAGUAAAUCAAGACGUUUCAGUGUGUAAGUUGGAAGAGGAGUUUUGAAAACUGAAUUAUAGAUGACUUUUCCCACUCCAUCACCAUCGCCAGUCAUCAAAUGAAAAUGUCUGACAGAGAACUGAAAUACACAACUGCUCACUUUUGUAAUCUAACAGUUGGCUGAGUAGCAUAGUGGAAAGUUUCACCAGUCACCAUGUACUGGGGUUAUGGGAUUCAUGUUUUAUGAGAUUUCUAUACUGCUAGGUGGGCUUCACUGGUAGCAGGUCUCAGAAUGGAGGAUUUACAGUACUGUUGUUUCCCUUUCCUAAUGGCAUACUACAGCCUCUUCGAAAGUAACGUUACAGAUUUGUGAAGAGGUCACCCACAAUCAUGAACAUAAGAAUAUGUAUGUUUGUUCUUCCCUGUGGAGUAAACAUAUUUUGACAAGUUGAAAAUUGAAUAUGUACAUCUGUUCUGCUUCGGGUAAACAUUUUGACAAGUAACACAGUGACUAUUUUGUGCCUUGGAAAAUUACUUGCUGAUGACAGCAAAAUACACCCCACCUAUUGCUUCAAACAUAAAACAAGUUGUAAAUUUAUCUACUCUCUCCAUUUGUAAUGUUUAUCUGUUUUUAAACUUGUGGAAUUGAUUGUAACUUCUUUGUUUAUAUGACUGGCUAAGUCAUAUCAUUCAUUAACCUCACAUUCGGCUUUAUGGCCAUCAAAUACAAAGAAUUCUGAUCUAUGCUUCCAAAUGGGAGACAAUGGAGAGAGUGCUGAAUGACUCAGGUGUCAAAGACAAAGAAAAGAUACUCAACUGUAAAACUGACAUCAUAUUGAUAAUACAGUUGCUUGUUUGCCUUCAUGUGCCAGAAGAGUAUAUCUGAAACCAGAAAAAUGAAAGAAACAUCAUCUGUUCAAAUGAUUUUGAUAAAACAUAACCAAUAUAUCAAUUAUAAUUAUAUUUAAAACAUUUCGCAAAACAUAUCUGUGGUUUCAGAGGGAAAUUGUUUGUACUCUGAAUGAGUUUAUAGUGAAACAUUGACUUCACUAAUUUAGUGUUUCUUUGUAUUGAACGCUCUACUAUUGUUUUGACAGAAAUGUCAAACACCUCAAAAAGGCAAAAGGUGUUUUUACAGGGGGACAAGUCCCCCUUUACCACCUAUGUGGUAAGCUGCAUCCUGCUAAUUAAAUAUUAACUAUGAGAGUGCACAGCAGUGUUGAAUAAGGAGAAACUCCUUACCUCACUGUAAGUGAGCUAGCACAAACAGCCAGCAAUGCACCCAGAACCCACCCCCCCACACACACACACACACACACAAUCACUUAAAUUCACACGCAGAAGCAGUCAAACAAAUGCACACAGUAACAAAUGAAAGCCACCCUUCUGAAUAUGUUGAUUAAAAUAUAGUACAUAACUGGAAAAGAAGAAAAUGCAUUGUACAUAAAUGGAGUUAAUUUAUUUCUGUAAAGUUUUGCAAGUCUUAAUAAAGUCCAUUAAUAAAUUCAAGAAAAAUCC